ACAUUUCAGUACACACAAUCGCGUAAAACAACAAAGAGCUUCUACUCAAACAGCGGAUUUCGCAGAAAAGUCAAAACUAUUGCACCACAAUAAUCCAUUUAAAUACAGCUGUACAAAAGUUAACAAAAUUCAAUUGACGAAUCAUUUUCAAAAUCAUCUGUUUGCAUUGGGUUUUUGGUUAGUUAAAAAUGAGCACACGAAAACGCAGCCGUAGAUUAGUUGAAAGUGAUUUAGCAAAUACGCAACAGAUCCAAUCGAAAAAAGUUCCCAGAAAAAAUCAAACAACACAUACAGAUACGGACACUGUCGAUGCAGAUGAACACAAAAUUGAUUCGAACGGUGAAACAAUGAAUGCCGAAGAAAAUGGCUUAGCAACAGGCUCAACGGAAAGAGCAAACGAUGAUUCGACCGAAUUUAAUCAAAAUUCAAAUCCGGGCGAUGAUUCAUCCGAAGACACAGAAACGGACAACAUACUGCGAGAAGCGGAUGUUUUGAUGGCCGAAAUUGCGGAAUUUCGGCGUGAUUAUUAUGCGAAUGAAAGCCAGAACGAUAGCCAAGCCACAAUAAUCAUCUCCGAGACACCAGAUGCUGUGCAUCCAACGAAUGCAUCAACAAAUGACGCAAACAAUGCAACCACAUCAGGACAAAACAGUGGUGCCAGAGCUAGUGCCAAUAAUAGCCACACAAACAAUCCAAGCGAUGACAGUGUUGUACUCAUUGAAGACAUGAACAGUUCUGCAGUUCGGCCAAUAGUCAAAGACGAUGACGAAGACGUGAUUUUCGUGACUGAAUCCCGUGGAUCACAACAGUUUCGAACGAUUGCAACAAUUGAUUUGUGCGACACUCCAGACACUUCAUUCACACGGUCAAAAGAUACUGGACAAUCAACAUCAACGGUAGCGGCGGCGUCGACAGCACCGUCGAAUUCGGCGAACGAACUGUCACCAAAACGUCCAGGAACGAUAAAAUGCCCAAUUUGCUUGGAAACAUUCGGAUUUGACAAAGUUCUCUCGACGAUGUGCGGUCAUUUGUACUGUGAACCAUGCAUCAAGAAUGUGAUUAAAAUACGCAAGAAGUGCCCCAUGUGCAACCGUGGUCUGAAACCAAAUCAGGUGCAUCGAAUUUUCCUUGAUACAUAAACGCACAUCAAGCACCAAAUGAGCAAACGACACGUUUAUAUUAAGUGAAUGUCACAAAUAUUAUCUGAAAUUAAAACAAAAAAAAAACAUCUGUUGAAAAUAAAUAAUAAGUUUUGUAUUCCGAACCUUUUCAGUAUUAAAGAAUUUAAUUAAAUAAAAUAAGUACGAUAGAUGGCCUAUAAA